GGGGAGCUCGAGAGCGAAGAGUCAUGGCGCUGCUGUUCGCCGCCCUCCGCGUGGUCUUGGGCCUUUUCUUCGUGGUCACCGGAGCCGUCAAGCUAACCGAUCAGAUUUCUGGCGACGCUUACCGGCAGAUGAAAUCCCAGUUUGUGCAGUUUGCUGACGUUUUCCCCUUAAAGGAGUUUGGCUACAAGCCAGAGCCGGACCAGUACCGUGAAGUGGUGGGCUGGAUAGAAGUGGUGGCUGGCUUACUCCUGACCUUUGGGCCGCAGUUGUUGCAAGAGCUCAGCAAUUUCGUCCUCAGUAUCAUCAUGAUAGGUGCCAUCUACACCCUCUUGGUUUUGAAAGAAUCCAUCGCCAUGUGCGCCCCCACCACUGUUUGUCUGGGUCUCUUGCUGCUCUUGAACAUCCGGGGAAGGGGGAAGAGUGCCAAGCCCAAGUUUGAGUGAGGAGAAGUCAGCCUGAGGGGACAGGAAGGAGGGAUUGGAAGCGAUGCUGCCGGGCUAAUGAACCUCCCAUCUUUGGUGGCAUAAUUGUCUUUCUGUUGUCCUCUUUUCCCUACUGCAGACUAAUUCCUUCAAAAAUGUUAAUGAGAUGAGUUGAGUCCUCUCAAUGAAUGAUCCAGGAGGACUUUGUGAAUUUGAGAUUUCUGGUGGUAAGGCCUUACCCCAGUUCUCUCUGAUAGUCCCUUCCUUUGUCCAGGAUCUGGUCUGACGGAUUUCACAGUUUGGUGGAAAGGGAAAAAUAAUCAAAUCCUCCCAUGUUUGUCUGAUGACAGUCCUUUGUUAACUCUGUGGAAGAUGGUUGCUCCUUCGUGAAGCCUAAAACAAGCCAUUUCUGGGGUAUGCAGCAUGGUGUUCAAGAAUUCUGAAAAUCUAAUAUUUCAUUGUACAUAGUUUUUUGGCUGGUAGAGAAAUACUACAAGCCAUUUCUGGGGUUUGCAACAUGAUUCUCAAGAAUUCUGAAAACCUAACAUUUCAUUGUACAUAGUUUCUUAGCUGGUAGAGAAAUACUACAAAUAUGAAUUGCCCUUAAAAUGGUUGUAGCCUUACCCAAUGAACCCUGAGACCUGUAGUUUUAUUAUAGGCUACAGUUCUAUAUGGGCUUGGUUUUAUUCAUUCAUUUCUCCCAGGAUAACAACUCCUAAAUCCAUUUCAGGUUUUGAUUUAUGUAGAAAAAGAAAAACUGAAGUGAGUCAGCAACGCUAGCAAGGCCAGUGAGUCACACCCGAUUUGUCCUUCAGUGAGGGAGUAUGUAAAUUGUAGUGUUUUGCCUGUGCUGGGUGGAGUUUAUAGCAAAAUGUCUUAACUAGUUACCUGUACUGUUGACUUGCUGUGUCAGGAUACCAAUCACAAGAUAGCAACCUUUGCAAAUUUCUAGCAGAGGGCCCCCCCAGCCUUCUAGAGCCUGUGGGAACUUUGGAAUACUGAUGAAGUGUCAGGAGCGCCACAACAAAAUGACUGCUGUGGGGGCAGAACUAAUUUUUAAAAAGUUGAGGGGUUCCACAAAACUUUGAAGGUUCCAAACAAAGCAUCCUCCUCUGACAGAAGAAGCUGAUUGUGAAUGGCUGCUUGCGGAUUCAAAGCCAAUUUCUCCUGGGUGCUUCUAUGGAGGAGGAAAGCAAGGGUAGGCUUUGAGGGAAAGAUACUGUUUUGUUUCCGUUUCCAAAGAAAGGGGAGAUUUGGUCUCUGUUGGGCCACAUGGAUCUUAGAGGGGCAAAGAAGUCCUUGUUUGUAGUUAAAGUGGAGUGCUCAGAACUCUGGGAUUGCAGUCAGUUAGCUUGCAGGGAACAACCUCGUUUUUUUCCUGUUCCACUCAAGAUGCUUUGAAUUUUAUCACCAAAAUUUAGGAACUAGGUGGGCAUCAGGAAAUGCAUAGGUGAGAGCCACUUUGGGGUUACUUCUGGUGUGAAUCAGAGAAGACCAACUGAUGUCAUGUGGACAGGACUAAACCUGUGAUUUUAUCUAGCCCCUGAAACCCUCCAAGGGAAGGCAAAGAUGCCCGACUUUCCUUUUUGUGCCUUUGUUCUGUACUCUAGAUGUGCAUAAAAGCUGAACUUUGAGAAAAAGUAUGAAAAGGGGGCUCUUGAGAUUUCUGCCACAGAGCAAGAGAUUUGGCCUCGAUGUCCCCUUCUGACUGUAGAACUCUGUAAUAUUUCUGUCCUUGCUGAAUGGAAGCAAAAGACCAGGAGGUAUGUCUCCUGGUCAUCAUCCUUCUUGCGUGCCAGGAAUAGCAGUGAGAACAUUGCCCAGGGAUUGUCUGGCUUGGUUGGAAAAGGGCUUUACUGUUCCCAUUUCCAAGUUCAGGCUGAUGGGCAUCCCUAGUGUAAUCCAAAAAACUCCAGAAGAGCAUGUUCACCGACAACCCCCAAGAAUCAUUGUUGGAAGUCUUGAUGUUUCAGCUAGUAUCAAAGUAAUGUUGUGUACAUGCAUGUAUCACAUAUGUACAUACUCUUUUUUCCAAUAUGGCGUAUCUCCUGCUCUCAGAUGUUUGACACUCUGUGCUAACUAGAAGGUUAUGCUAUAGAGCAUAAUGUUAAAUUGUGACUAAGAAAAAUAAUCUGGAGUGACCACAGCUUUUUACUCAGAAUCCUUUAAUAAUAACAUAACAUAUUCGAUUUAUAUACCGCUCUUCAAGACAACUUUAUGUCAUAUUCAGAGUGGUUUACGAAGCAUUUUAUUUUAUAUAUUUAUAUUUCAAUUUAUAUACCGCCCAUCCCAGGGGCUCUGGGCGGUGAACAGUUUAAAAUCGAUAAAAACAAAAAACAACAGCAUGUUGUUACUAUCCUCACAACGCUCACCCUGUGAGGUACAUGGGGCUGCGAGAGCUGUGACUGAUCCAAAGUCACCCAGUUGGCUUCAAGCUGAGGAGCGGGGAAUCAAACCUGCCUCUCCAGAUUAGAGUCCUGCUCCUCCUAACCACUACACCAAACUACAUCAUGAGACAGAGAAUGUUCCUUAGCUUCACACAUCUACAGGUGAAGCUAUUUUGUAGACUGUUGGCCCUUGUCUAGAAGAGAACUCCAGUCGGUCAUUACUCUCCAAGACCUUGACAAUAUCCUUCCCCAGACCUGCAAGCUACUAUUCACCUGCUGUCAAAGCAGUUUGUUACUAUUGUAGAUGUACCCUUACAUACCAGAAGCCUCCAAAAGUAUUUUCCAAUUAGUCAUACAGAGCUACCUCUCCAAAUACUAGAAUUUUUGACACUUGGCUAGUAGUAUAAGCUAGGAAAUACGUAUCUGAUUUUGUGGGACACUCAAUUCCCAGCCCUCCAGUCCAUCUAGCCCUACAAAAUGUAAGAAAAAUUCAAAAUGGCCACAAGUUUUCUGCCUGACACAGUGUGUAAUUCAGCUUUUGAGGACUGCAUGCUUUCAAGAGGUUAAUUUUAAGAGGAUGCAUUGUAGAAGUGAGGAAAACAGCCCUUGGUUAAUUAAGGGUCUUUACAUUCCUUAGUUUCAAUCUGGGGCAAAUGAUUGUAUAAGGGUUCCCAACAUUUUAAAACCUGCUGGUGGUGGGCACAGUGACAAAAUGGCUGCUGUAGGAGGUGGAGCCAGCCACAGAAUGGCUGCUGUAGGAGGUGGAGCCAGCCACAAAAUGGCUGCUGUAGGAGGUGGAGCCAGCCACAGAAUGGCUGCCACAACUUACCUUCAGUCACGCAGUGAACAGCCUUGUGCUGUGGUGGUAGCUACUGCCAAAGCAAUGUUUUAAAAAAUCUGCACAGCCAAUCAAAUCUCCAAUGGCCCAUUAGAAACCUUACUGAGUAAACCCCUACUUGGACCCACCCACUUUCUAAAAGCAUUUUGAGGGCUCCAAGAAAGGCUCCAUGAACACCAUGCUGGGGACCCCGGGUCUAACUAUUAUUGUGGUAGUAAUCUGUGAUCUGCAGAAGAGAACAGAAAUGUAGCUGUACCAUAGCCUGUGAAGAAGAGAGUCCUUACAUGUGGCUAAAACCCCGUUGGAUUACGUUUGCUGAAGUACUUGCCAUAUCUGUGGGGACUGAGCUCUGAACUGUUGUGUACUUUACACAAGAUAAAUAAAAUUCUGCUAAGGCUGAUGGAAUCCUGUGACUUGUAUAAGUUAUGCUAAUUUAACACCCAUGUAUUUAAUGCACAUUUUCACAGCUGCAGUGGAUAGAAAUUUGGGUUUUUAGUGAGCAAAAAUGGAAAUUUAGAGUCCCAGUAGCUAAGUUGUUAUCUCUCAGGCAUUGACUCCGGCGUCUGGAUUCUGGACAGCAUACUAAGGAUAUUGGGGUCUUUCAAUGGCUAUUAGACAUCCAGUGAUGGCUGCUGAAGGAAAAAGACAUCAGUGAGGCAAAAAGCAGGUAGCAAUAAACAGCUUAUAUGAAUGCAGCCAGGGACAAGCCAUGAAUAGUAAAAAUCAGCAACACUUAUUUUAGAUUUUUUUUAAAAAAAAGAACUGGCUGUUUUGGCCUGCAAGAUAGCAAAAAGCGGGGCAAAAUGGUGGUGGAAAGUGCCACCAAGAUGAAGCUGACAUGGCAAGCCGACAGGGUUUUAAAGACAAGAGACAACCAGAGGGGGUCUGCCAUUGCCUGCCUCUGCAGAGCGACCUUGGACUUCUUUGGUGGUCUCCCAUCCAAAUACUAACCGGGGCUGACCCUUCUUAGCUUCCAAGAGAUCAGGCUAGCCUGGGCCAUCUGGGUAAGCAGGAGCAAAACUCAGGUGCUUUUAUGGUGAUGCUGUACUUUCUCUGUCUCCACAUCUUGAGGAGUUAUCAAGGAAUGGUGAGCAGAAACGGGAGCCAAAGACCAGUGCAGAAUGAAGAGAAGCUGCUUUUGUGGCACAGAAAAGCCUCGACUGAAAAUGGAAACAGAAAUUGGCUGUGAACGUAGUGCUGCAAAGGUGUGAAAGGAGCAGUAGAGCAAUUGUUUUAAACAGUUAAGUAUUCAAAACUGGCACUUCUGAUAUUUUCUCCAUUAUAUGAAAAAAAUUUCUAGCAGCUGUUCAGAAAGGGGGAAAUCAGUCAUGCUGGUGGAAAGCGGGCUAACUGACAGUCCCAGGGGGAGAACUUCCCUGAGCAUCAAGCCCCAUGUUAACUAGUUAUGGAUAUGUGCUGUUUAAGUAAGAACAUCCAAAGUGCCUUCUGGAUCAGGCCAGGGAUCCAUCCAGUCCAGCAUCUUGUUUUGUGCAGCCGCUAGCCAGAGGCCCCAGAAGGCCCACAAAGAGGGACACAUUUUCUGCUUCAAGCACCAAACGUUUUCCUUGCCACACUCUGCUGCCAUCUUGGAGAACAGGGGCUUUUCCCUAAAUGUCUGCAGCAGGUGGGAUUCGAUCCAUCCAAGGCCAGGCCCUUCUCUCUCUUCGUCUGACAGUUGUGUCAGAAGGAUUGUCCUGGGCAGAGGCUACUUUUCUGGCCACGUCUCUCGUUCCCCCUGCCCUGCCCUUCAACUGUUUGAAGAAAGAGAUUUUCUUCCUGAGUAAGGAAGCUUGCCUUUGAUGAUGGCUUCCAUUUCUGACUAAUUUGGUUCUUUACGAAAGACCUGUGAAAGUAGAUCCCAGUUUCUUGUGCUGGCCCCACCUUUGUCUGCUCAUUUCGUGGGUCACACAGCCUUAAUUCUUGUCAGUAUCAGCCUCUUCUGUGUUCCUCCAAAGGCAGCUUCCUCAUAAAGAACCCCACAGUUCUAUCUUAGUGUGUCACUUGAGCAGUCACCGAUUCAAAUUUCUCUGCUUUCGACUCACUAGCUGACCCUUAGGCAAGCCACUGACUUACAGGAUGGUGGUUAGGAUCGCUGAGGUUUGAAAGGGUUUUUGUGUGUACAUAAAUGCCAAGAAUUGUUUCCAAAACAAAAACAAGUAGCUAGUCUCUACAACUGAGGCUUUCAACGAGGGUCCAUUGACACAUUAAUUUGGGGCAGAAAGAAAUCUUCACAGGUAACUUCCCUCCCUCACGUUUGUGUGGUAGAACAUUUGAAACUGACCCUUUAUCUGAUCCCUUUCUGGAAGAUAACUGUCUACCUUGACAUGGCCAGUCUGGCCAUCUGAUCCAUGUGAUCGAGACUAGACUACUGUAAUGUACUCAACAUAGGGCUCCCCUUGAAGUCAGUUCAGCGAUUCUAGUUGGACUAUAAAUAAUGUAAAUCAAUCUGAGUACUUGGCCAAUGACCAUUACCCUGAUACUGAACGGGCUGAUUGUUUGGUUAGUUUAGUUGAGGGGGGAAGAGGGGCUUGUGUCUCUUAAGAAACAUGUUCCAGAGAUGGAGGGAGGAAACUCACAUGAAUUUGCCAUUCAUGCAAAGGCUUUACCUUGAUGGCCAGAAGAUACGGGUAUUAAUGACCCCCUCCCAAUCUUUUUCUUUGGACAGUGAUUGAUUUUGUUCUGACCUGGAUGACCCAGUCUAGCCUGAACUUGUCAGCUCUUGGAAGCUAAGGCAGGUUGGCCCUGGUUAGUACUUUGAUGGGAGACCAUCAAGGAAAUCCAGGGUUGCUAUGCAGAGGCAGGCAGUGGCAAACCACCUCUGUCCAUUGCCUUGACUUAUGUCAGGGUUGCCAUAAGUCAUCUGAGACUUGAUAGCACUUUAUACACAUCCCAAUUUCAGCAGGGACACUUUAGGGGAGUUUAUGAACAGAACCUGAUAUACUUUCCUCCACUUUCCCAUUCCCUCAGUUGUUGGUCUCAGGCCCCAGCUAAUUUGAAAGCCAGCUUCUUGGAAACAGUAGUGCAACAUUUAGCCAUGCUUCUGAAGAAUGAGCGUCACAGCCUGGCUGAAAAAUGUGGGCUUGUUCUGUACAGAUUUUCUUUUUUUAACAUCAGCUCUAGCUUGGCUGGAGGAUGAUAAUGGUAGCAGAUAAUCCCAAACCUGAUUCCAAGGUUGGCAUUGUGCAGAAGAGCUUUUCACAGAUCUCCUGAUAUACAGAACGAGAGCCUGAAAGUGUUUGUUUUUAAUUCUUUCCAGAAUCUCGGUUGCCUGUUGCAAACUGAGGCUCACCAAAGAUGGAACUUUUUAAAAACACAAGUCUCUCUCAGCCUUGCCUGUUCCUUUUGAUCCAGUGAAGUUUGAAAUUCUCUUUGAGAGUCCCAGCGCUCUAAUCUUUUAUCUUUCCCUUUAGUCUCCUUGUUCCGUUCUUUCCACUGUGAUGGCUCUUACAAAACUAAGCCCUCUUGGCUUCCUUUUAUGGGUCUCUUGAGAAGAAUAAAAAAGUGUCAAACCACAAAGUUCUCUCUCAGCAGCUCAUGGGUCCCUGAGUUGACUCAGUGCCUUCCAUACCAGUAAAGAUUCCUGGACUGGGAAGCUGUGUAGACUGCCCUUGGAGGAUGGCAGGAUAAAAAUUUGACAGACAACGCAGUGUACUGCAAUAAUUCCCAGUAUGGCAUCCACCAAUGGCCUUUCUGGCACCCAGUUGCAUCUUUUCCAGUUUGGGCUUUCUUCCACUGUUUAGAGUCACAUCCCCCCCUCUUCAUGCUGAGAGGGCAGUUUAUUGAUGGAAUUUCAUGAACUCCUUCCUUAUAUGCCAUAAAUCCAAGGCAGUGCCUGACCCAAAGCAGGGUGAAUGCCAACUAGGCAGGAGCUUGGAAAACUACCAGAACAUGAGUCAGAGGUGGGUGACUGACUGACAGCCCUCCACCCCCUGAAGAAACACAGAGAUAAUGAAAAAGAAAAUCCCUGUCCCUGUCUAUGUUUAAUUGCCUUCGUAUAACCUCCCCUUACCCAUUUACCCUAAUCCAAGCUAUUCAGCAAACCAGAGAGCUUUCCCCAUCCAGUCAUCAAGCAAUGUUUUCACCUAUAGUCCAUCCCAGAUAGUCACUUCAAGCCUCUACCCACUUAUUGUACUACCUCUGGACAAACCAUUAAAUUAUUGUCUUUGGAAGCAAGACAUCAGCUUGCCCCAGGGAAUGUCUUGCCCUAUAAUUGGGCUUUUCCAGUCAUAUGCUCUGUAUGUGUGUGUUAUUGUCCUUUUUAUUUCUCUUUUAAUAAAAAAAAAAACCCUGUUGAACAUC